CUCGCUUUUUAGUAGACAGCUUCCCUUGUUUCCAUAUUCCACAACAUCCACAAUGGCUACUAGUGCUCUGCAGAAGUUCCGUCCAGUGGUGAUCUCAGGCCCAUCUGGAACAGGGAAGUCGACUUUGCUGAAGAGGCUUUUCGCUGAAUAUCCCGAUACCUUCGGUUUCUCCAUUUCUCACACUACUCGGGCUCCUCGAGCGGGUGAAGAAAAUGGCCGUGAAUACUACUUUGUCACCAAGGAGAAGUUCGUGGAUCUUGUGAACCAGAAUGGAUUUAUUGAACAUGCCCAGUUCGGAGGAAACCACUACGGUACCAGCGUUCAAGCGGUGAAGAUCAUCGCAGAGAAAAGCAGGAUCUGCAUUUUGGAUAUUGAAAUGGAGGGCGUCAAGCAAGUCAAGCGCACCGAUCUUAAUGCUCGUUUCUUGUUCCUCUCACCUCCGUCGGUUGAGGAACUGGAGAAAAGAUUGCGGGGGCGAGGAAGCGAAACGGAAGACAGCUUGCAAAAGCGUCUGGCGCAAGCUAAGAACGAGCUCGAAUAUUCCAAGCAGCCUGGAGCUCAUGACAAAAUUGUUGUCAAUGAUGACCUGGAGAAGGCUUAUGCCGAGUUGAGAGAUUGGGUGGUUGACAGUGGCAAAUUCGGCGCGCAAUGAUGCUUGCCAAACAGCCCUUUUAAGUAUAUUGAGACAUUCAAGGGAAUCGGGGCUAUGCUUGUACCUAUCAGCCUGAUCCUCCCGUAAUUAUCAAAUUGCCUUGGAUUGUGAGAUGAAGUUUCAUAUAUAGAACAAGGAGAUGCAAUUUUCAGUGGCGGAUUCAAGCAGGAAGCUGAUACCUAGGCGCUACAAUUUCAUCACCUAGAAUUCAUUUCAUAGCCUGAAGAGGUGGAGUUACUGAUUAUAGACCC